AUGGCAGACGAGAAGACCUUCCGCAUCGGCUUCAUCGUGCUGGGGCUUUUCCUGCUCUCCCUUGGCACCUUCCUCCUGAGCCACGAUCGGCCCCAGGUCUACGGCACCUUCUACGCCAUGGGCGGCGUCAUGGUGAUUGGGGGCGUCGUCUGGAGCAUGUGCCAGUGCUACCCGAAGAUCACCUUUGUCCCCGCCGACUCCGACUUCCAAGGCAUCAUGUCCCCGAAAGCCCUGGGCCUGCUGGACAAUGGGCUUGCAGUGGAGAUGAAGAGCCCCCAGGCCCCCUACGUCAGGCUGUGGGAGGAAGCCGCCUACGACCAGAGCCUGCCUGACUUCAGCCGCAUCCAGAUGAAGGUCAUGAGCUAUAGCGAGGACCCCCGGCCUCUGCUGGCCUCCGAGCCGGCUCAGCUGAAGCCUGCAAGCAGUGACGACAGAGGAGGCCUGGGCCCCCGAGACGCUCAGUCCUGGGUGGAGGCCGCCGUGGUCGUCCACCGAGGCUCGGACGAGAAGGAGGGAGGAAGGACCCCAAGCCAGAGCAGGCCUGGCCCCCCGGCCUGUCCCCAGGGCCCUGCACCCUUGGCCUCCUUCCAAGAUGACCUAGAAGUGGGCUCCAGCGAGGGCAGCAGCCCCAGGCCAUCUCCAGCCAACGGGGAGGAGCCUCCGCCUCCACCAGGGGAGCCCUGGGCCUGCAGGAGCCCGCCCGACCGCUUCCACGACUUCGCCCUGAUUGAUGAGGUGCCCACGUCGGAGGACGCGCCCCUAGAGGGGCAGCAGCAGGAGGCAGCCCUGUCCAACCACUGGCCGCGCGGCCUGAGGACGAGGGAGGACGCGAAGGCGGCUUCGGACGCAGGCGCUGAAGAGCCCGAGGAGGAAGAGGAGGACUUGUACUACGGACUGCCCGACAGCCCUGGGGACCCCCUCCCAGACAAGGAACUGGGCUUUGAGCCCGAUGCGCAGGGCUGA